GGGGCCUAGCUGAUCCUGGGCCCGGGGCCUGGUGGGGCCUAGCUGAUCCUGGGCCCGGGGCCUGGCUGACCCUGGGGGCUGGGGCCUGGUGGGCCUGGGGCUGGUGGGGCCGGGCCGGGCCCAGGGCUCGGUUCUCCUGUCACUGCCUCGCUGUAACGCCGUCCCCGUCUCUCCGCAGGCCGCCAUGACCAAGCUGGCGCAGUGGCUGUGCGGCCUGGCCCUGCUGGGCUCCGCCUGGGCCGCGCUGGCUCUGUCCCCGGCCGGCCUGCAGCUCCCGGUGCCGUACCGGCAGGCCCUGCUGCCGCUGCCCGUCUACCUGCUGGUGGCCUUCGGCUGCUACUCCUUGGCCACCGUGGGCUUCCGCUUGGCCACCUUCAACGACUGCGAGGAGGCGGCGGCCGAGCUGCAGGAGCACAUCGCCAUGGCCCGGGCCGACCUGCGGCAACGGGGGCUGCGCUUCGACCCGCAAUAAAGCUCCGGGACAGCGGC